UGAUACAGGCGAAAAUGAAUAUUCCACACACCCCAGUGCUGGAUCCUCUUGAAACUAGAAGUCUUAAUUUACCUGACGAUGUUUCAAGACGAUGUUUUACCUUGCCGAAAAUGUAUUUGUUGUGCAUAAGCAUGUUUCCAUCCAAGUUGGCAUCACGUGGCAGAAAAUUUAUAUUUUAUAUUUAUUUGGGGUUGAUGGUACUGCUGGAAUUCACGCAAGUGAUGCACCUGGUCAUGUACCCAAUGGACGUUACGAAAUUCACGUUGAUUUUGUCAACUGUUUCUACUACUCUGCAGGGCAUUGCUAAAAUGACUUUGUUGUUCAUUAAUUCGCGACGCCUCCGAGUCAUUCUCGAUCAAUGUUUCUUUACCUUCUGGCCCUCAAGUCUAAUGGGAAACUCGCUGGAAGCGUCGCUCAAAUUUUCAUCGAAUUUUGUUCAAUUUAACAUGAUGUGUGUAACUGGGAGCGCCGCGGUUUUUGCAUUAGGGUUUCUAUUCAAACCGCUGUUUGAUGGCGCAAGGGAGUUGCCCUUUGCCACGUGGUUGCCCUUUGACUGGCGUGCUCCAGGCAUUUACGAAUGUGUCUAUACGACGCAAGUAUUCACAAACCUCUUUCUGAUAAUACUUAGUAUUCUUGGGCAUGACUUCAUUUUUCUGGCAUUAGCCAGCAAUGUAGUCGCACAGUUUCACAUUUUAAGUCGAAUGGUCGAUGAAUUGGGAAGCGGAAGAGACCGGGAGCUUAACACUAUGCUACUUUCCCUAGAAGGAGUCGUAGAAGGUAAAAAAUAUAGCGAGGAGCAGCAACUUCUUGUGAAGAUCAUCGCUCACCAUCAAAAAUUAUUAUUUAUUUGUGAGGAGAUGGAGAAUAUUUUUUCACCAACGUUGUUUGUUCAGCUCGCGACGAGUUUGGUGGCGAUAUGUGUAUCCAGUUUUCUAUUAACAGCAGUGGACGAAGUUGAAGUUGAUCAACUAUACCAACUGGCUUCUUACUGUUUGGGACAUGUUCUGCAAUUAUUCAUCAUUUGCGCGGCAGGUAGCGAAAUGUCUCACCUAAGUUUUAGUUUCUCUCACAAUGUGUAUACUUGUUACUGGUACCGCCACAAGUACACCGAGAUUCGCAAAGCCUUGGUACUAGUUAUCCUACGAGCCCAAAGAGCUGUUCGCGUAACUGCACUUGGCGUGUUCGAAAUGAACUAUGAAACCUUUGUUGCUGUCAUGCGUUUGUCCUUUUCAUUCUAUACCCUUUUGACAGGAAUUAUUGAAAAUAUGGAGUAGAUAUGCUUAAUUUUUUGUUUAACAAUUAAAACACUAGAUUUGUAUGU